AUGUCAGGAAGCAGCCGCAGCCGCAACCCCUCAACAUGGGACCAGUAUGAACGAGGGGGUUCGCCCGGCCGCGGCAGCGUCUCUUCCAACGGCGGGAGAAGCGUUGCCUUCGAAGAUGAAUACCUAGACCACAGCCCCGGCGCGGGCGCUGACGACCGGAACUUGACCAACGCGCGGCGCAGAAGAUCUUCCGUGACGCACCGAAUCUCAGCCCUGGGCGAUGUUGGUGGAGUGAACAGUAUUAGGUCCUUCGCACGAUCCUGGCAGCGGGCUGCAGGUUUUACUGAGGUCAUACCCCAGCGGGCAUCGUUCGUGCUGGCACCGGAGCAGGACCCCAUCGGCGCCCACGAUGGCCUACAAUAUGGCAGGUCGGAUGAAGAGAUUGGUCGUGCUGGCUUCCCCCAGAGUUCUGCCCCGCGCGUGUCGCUGUUGCGCCAGCAUCUCGAGGCAGCUCCAGAAUCGGCCGUACGCGAUGACAGCCCAGAGCCCGGGGCAAGCGAGACGCAAGGGCUGCUCGAACCCGGUAGCCACCCCAGCAUAGGCUCCUUCCGCGACCGCGAGCGCAAGGCCCUGGACGACGAUUUACGACGGACCAUCUCGAUCAGCAGUGGCACGCCGACAUCUCGCUCCAUCUUCGCCGUUCCCCCGCAACUGGCUACACCAGACAUCGUGGGCAGCUACAAUGAUUUCGUGGGAAGCUAUGGGUCUCAUCGCACCUACGGGACUAUUGCCAGCGACGACAGCUUCAGCAGGGCGUCCAUGGCCCAGGCGGCUGAGAUGUGGCGACAGCAGCAAGCGAGCGGCAACGUGCCGGACGGAGAGACCCAGCCGAUCUUGGUGAAAGAGGUCGAGGAUCGGGACGGGAAGAUCGUGUUGACGGUUGAGGGGCAGAGCACACUGCCUCAAACCAUCUUCAAUUCUACCAACGUCCUGAUUGGAGUCGGUCUUCUGAGCUUGCCAGUGGGCAUGAAAUAUGCAGGCUGGCUGUGUGGCAUGCUGAUACUGUUCGGAGCAGCUGCAGUGACUUCGUACACGGCGAAAUUGCUUGCAAAAUGUAUGGACCUGGACCCAAGUCUGAUCACCUUCUCGGACCUGGCCUACAUUUCGUUUGGCAGAAAUGCGCGGAUUGCCACAAGUAUACUGUUCACCUUGGAACUACUUGCGGCCUGUGUUGCUCUUCUGGUCUUGUUUGCCGACUCCAUGGAGCUGCUUUUCCAAAGCAUCGUCGGGAUUGUGUGCUGCUUUACAAUCGUUGCCCUUGUCAUAAUGGAUGGCUUUAUAAAGCCAUAUGCUCCAGGCUCGCUCCUUGAGCCAGCAGCCACAUACCUCUUCCCUGCAAACUGGCUGACUCUGCCCCUCUCAUUUGGGCUCUUGAUGUCUCCAUGGGGAGGUCAUGGGGUUUUCCCUAGCAUCUAUCGAGACAUGAGACAUCCGCACAAGUAUGGCCGCGCAUUGAAGAUCACGUUCUCCUUCACUUAUUUACUUGACGCCACGGCCGCCGUUGUCGGCUUACUCAUGUUUGGUGACGACGUUAUGGAUGCUAUUGGCAUGUCGAGCUAUUUCCGGGGCAUAGCGAAGAUUGCUGUGCGCAUCGUGACGAUCCUCAUAUUCUUGGCCAUCUCAAUCAUCUUUCCAGCAUUUGAUAGUAUCAUGGCUUUUAUGGGCUCUGCGCUCUGCUUUACCAUCUGCGUCACGUGA